AUGUUAGUCUCAAUUGGUGUGAUGGUAGAGGUUGUCAAUGGUCUCCUGCAAAGGGAGGACUGGGAAACAGCAAUAAAAGUGCCACUUGGGAUCAUUUCAGCAGGUACUGGAAAUGGAAUGGCACGAUCUCUACUGCAUGCUGCUGGUGAACCAUUCUCUAUAUCUAAUGCUGUGUUCGCAAUCAUCAGAGGUCAUAAACGUGCCCUUGAUGUUACUUCUGUUGUGCAGGGAAAGGCGAGGUUCUUUAGUGUCCUGAUGCUUACAUGGGGUCUGGUGGCUGAUGUUGAUAUUGAAUCUGAGAAGUAUAGGUGGAUGGGAAGUGCCCGCCUUGAUUUUUAUCUUCUACUCCGCAUACUGCUCUGUGUACCAGAACUUAGUGCUAUUGUUAGCAAAUUUGGUGACCGUAGACCAUAA